UUGAAUCCUCAGAUAUGGAAUCGAAUGAUGGAGAAAUUGACCGGUUAGAGAGGGGUUUGUUGGUCGAACAUGAAGAAUCUGAAGAAGAACCAGUUAUCUAUACGGCGUCGUUUGAAGAGAAUUUCGUCAAGUAUCAAACAGUUCGAUGGGUAUUGUAUUCACUGUUGCUAUUAUUGGCUUGGGGAAUAGGGCUAAUCAUGUUGAUUUAUUUACCCAUUCGGAGGUAUAUUUUACGCAAAGACAUCCGCUCCAGGAAACUUUAUCUCACUCCCAACGCCAUUGUUUACAAAGUAACAAGACCAGUUCCAUUUCCAUGUUUUGGGGAUUUGAAGAAGGAGAAGUAUGUUCUAUUGCCAUCAGUUGCUGAUAUUGUAGUUGAACAAGGUUACCUACAGUCCCUGUGUGGGGUCUAUUCGAUAAGAAUUGAAAAUGUUGGUGUGAGAAGAUCUCCGAGUGAUGAUCUCCAAGUCCAAGGAAUUGCGGAUGCUCUUGAUUUCAGGAAGGCUGUUCUGAUGCAACUAUCAAAUCUUAGAAGUAAAGCAUUCUCUAGACAAGCUUCAGCUGUUGAUGAUACUUCGAAUUUGCAAAUUAGUCAUUCCUGUACUACUUCGAUGUCGCCAUCGAGAUCCAUCAAGCAUGAUUCAUUAUCUCAUUCUGGAGAUGCUGCAGUAUUACAGAAGCUGGAAGAAGUUGGAAGUUCCGUGAAGAGGGUUCAAAAUCUGAUUGAAGAACACCACCUCCAAACAUCAGAACUUGCGGCUUAAGGUAAGCAUACAGGAA